UAACUGUCAUUCCGAUCAGCUGUGAGAGGGAGACGGCACCAACAAGGACCUGCAACUAAUACAACAGACAUGGCUCUACUCCUGAUCCAUCACCUGUCCCUCCUGCUGAUCAGUAUCCUGGCCUGUCAGUGUCCUGCAGUCAGCGGGCUCUUUGAGUGGCUGAAGGGAGCGACAGCACCUCCAGCAACGGCACCACCUCCUCCACUUACAGCAGAAGUCCCAGCACUUCUUGCAAAGGAUGCUCAGUUUGAGAUGAGCACUGCAGAUGAGAAGUUUUUGGCUGAGGCAAAGCAGAUGGAGCUCAGUCCGUUAGACAGCUGUCAUUACAGGGUGGUCGCCCGGCUGAAGGCGAGCUGCGAAAGCCUCCCAGAGGAGCAGCUUGCAAAGCUUGGUGUUGUUCUGUUUAACUGCCAGGCAGAGAUUGAGGGGCGCCGGACCUUUCCAUGUACAGAGGAAAUGACUAUAAAAGAGUGCACAGCAGACAUGGAUUCAGACACAUGGAAUGCUUACCACAUUGUGAGCAACAGAGCUCGCUCUGUUUGCUACGCAACUCGCCAGCAGCUCUUCAGGCGCCGAGCAGAGCACACUGUCAACGCUCUCAUUUCCACAGCCACAAGCCAACUGAGUGCAAUGAAGGACCUGAAGGAGGGCCAGCUGGAGCUGAAGGAACUGACUGCAGCCUCUUUGGACAAGCUGCUGCAUGGUCACAGUGCUCUGCAGACCCAACAGGAGAAGCUGCAUGAGGGCCAGGAGCACAUGGAGAGUUCACUGAGGAACAACCUGGAGCGUCUGGGCCAGGAGAAAGCCCUCAUCGCCGCCGGACAGGAACUGGUAGCCAAGCUCAUUCAGGGCAUUACAAAGAAAAUGGAGAAUGUGAGUGAGCAUCUGCAGAUCCAGGGUGCCGAGGUGCAGGACAGCCACAAGGCGAUUGUGAAAGACCUCACAGAUGUCAGACACCAAGCUCAGGACAUCCAUCAAAAGAUUGACCACAGUAUGUUGGAGUUUCUGCAGUACCAGGACCAGACCUCCCAGUACUACACUGACCUGAUGAACAAACUGGAGCGCAUGAACAACACCCUGGGAGUCACGCUGCACUACUUGGAUAACAUGCAGAACCGGAUUGAGGAGAGGCUUCACAUGAUCCAGGGCUACCUCGGCUGGGCAGGUUUAAGCUUGACAGCCAUGUGGACGUGUAUUGCACACACAAGCUACUUUGUCCUGUGUGCAGUCCUGCUGACGUUCCUGCGGUGCCCAGGUUUCUCUCGAGCCAUGCUGCUGAUCACCGUGCCUCUUAAUGCAGUGGCUGAGAUCAACCAGCAGCCAGCGCUGGAUCUCACCGGCCUCAGUCUGCUACUGCUCAUUCUCUCUCUGGGUCACUGGUUUGUGAAUCAGUUGUGGGCGUGCUUCCAGACCAGAGAAAAGCCAGUCGCCCUGCUGCCUCUGACCCCAUGUGAGAUAGUGGAGCCUCUGAAGCAGCCAGUUUCCUCCUGCCAGUCAUAUCCACCGUCCUCUACACCACAGAAAGAUGAAAAUGAUGGUUUCGUGGAGCAAGACAACCUCUUGAAUCAGGACAGCUUCAUUUCAGGUAACUUUGGCGUAUCAGCAGUGUCUCCCCCUCAGAGGAAGCCAAUGCCAGAGUCCAGGUUUGUGCCGAUUAUUGGCACACCCAAUCACUCCACUCCCAGGCUUCUACCACAGCCAGCUCUUUCCACGACUCUGGUUGCUGACAUGCCCCCGAGGAACCUGGGAGGUAUUUUUGAUGCUGUGAACGACUCGCACGAUUUCGUGAACGACUCACGAAGUGCGAGUCCUACCCCAUCAGUCAUCAGCAACAGCUCUCUGUCAGGCCGUCAGCUGUGCAACGGUAUCACAAAAACAGGGAAGGCCUGUAAGAAGAGAGCCGUGCCGGGACAGGAGUACUGCAGAGUCCACGAAGGAGGGCUCUCCUCCUAUGUUGUUACUUGAGCACUCCACUGUUUUAGACUACAGAUGUUUUAUUUUUUUUUAUUGCCAUGUUUUUAAGUGUUCUUUCAAGUGAAUACAAUUUGUCUUUACCUAUCAAUGUGACCGUAUGUGUAUUCAGAGCAUUUUUAUUUGCUACAGGGCGUUCUCUGCAGAAAACUAAUCAACUGUUAUCGUGUUGUCAUUGUAAGUACUGCUUGCUGUUCAUUUUAAAGUAAAUAAAUUAUUUCUUUACCUA